UCAUUUUGUCCUGUUUUUUCUUUUUGUCUUAUUGUUGUUGGGUACAUGGCGCCACUUCAAAUUUUAAUCUUGGGACACUCCUUUAUUCGUCGUCUUGCUGGGUUUUUGCAGAAAAGGGGGCACGAACACCUCAUGGCCAAACUAUCACCUCUAGGGUCCAUACGCUUUCAUGGUGUAGGUGGCCGCACAAUUGCGAAGGUUCGGAAGUUUGAUUUAGGCAUAAUUCGCCGUCUAAGUCCUGACAUUCUAGUCUUGGAGUUGGGUUCUAACGACUUAACCAAACUGCCGGCACAAACCGUCGGUUCGGAGCUUGAAACUUUAGUGCGAUAUCUGCACGACGAGUUUAAUGUGAAAAGCAUUGCAGUAUGCCAAGUUAUUCGGCGGCACUCCCCUCAGUGUACUGCGUACAAUUUAAAAGUUACCAAACUUCAUUUGCAUCUUAAAGCUGUUCUCGAACCAAUACCUUACUGCUUGUACUGGAAACACAGGGGUUUCUGGAACUCCCGGGAAAACAUUUACUUGCCGGAUGGAGUUCACUUAAAUGAUUUAGUCAACUUAAAGUUGUUUCGAAGUAUCCGAGGUGCAGUCAUUAAGGCCGCAGGCCUAGUGGGCUGAUAAUUUCACGAUUUUAUGAAUACCUAAGUGCAUACUUAUGUCGUUGUAAUAUAUAGUGACGAGUUAGGCAUUUUUCUCUUAUAGUCUGACUAGUGCCAAUUUUACUUAUGAGUUAUCGGUGCCCGACACAUGGCGUAAUUAGUGUAUUUAUUUUUUGGCGGCUAUUACGAUAGUGUGCCCAGUGUACUCAGGCCAUUAUAGGACGUUUGUCCUCAAUAUGUCCAUGCACCAUAUACUCUAUAUUUUGUUUGUCGCUUGAGACAGGCCUGUCAGAAUUUUUGCCUCAAGUCACAUGUUCAUUUUGUGAUAUAGUGAUACCCGACACAAUUUUUGCGCCCGGUGAACCUUGGUGCGCCUAUCUCUAUUGUUUUGUGUCCAUGUAUCAUAUAUCCGCAUUUUUCCUCUAUUGCAUCCGAUCCGUUGCGUACACCAAAAUUUGGCCGGCUGACUGCAACCCGUUUUUUACUCUCUUUACUAUGCUUUGUUUAAUUACUUAUGUUAGUGGUCUUAGUCAUGCGUCACUGGUCAUUAAUGUUGUGCGGUUUAUUUAAGUCAUGCCUCCUAAGAGAAAGUCAGCUAGACAGGCUGGUAGGUCAGCUGCCAAGAUCACAAAACGAGCGACCCCAUCCUCUAGUACCUCGAGUGACCUGGCCGAGGUUUCAGCAGCGCAACAAACAGCUGAACCUGUGAACAUCGGGGACUUAACGCGCGUGGUCAUAUUGGCAGUGACAGAGGCCCUGAAAGCAGUUGGAGUUGGGCAAACGACCCCAUUAUCCAGUCCCCCCACGGUUAACCUAAGUCCUGGGCCUGUAGAUGCCUCAGCCACAGUGGAGACCGCCACAGCUGCGGAGAUAGCCAGCAUUUCAUCCCUGUCGGCGGGUAUGUCAAUCUCAAAUUCCAAUGACAAACCUAGUGAAGUGAACUUCACGAGCGUAGCAAUUGAUUUGGAGGCACGGGUGUCGGCUAAGGUCAAGGCAAAGAUCUGGGCCGAUGAAUACAUUGAUUUUGGGGCGCUACUAUCGUCUUUUCCCGACGAUGAUAAAUUUAUUCUCUCUUUUAACAAUGACGGCAAAUCGCCAAGUCUUUGCCUCGAGCCAUCCAAACCAAAGCCUAAGUUUUUAUCCUUGGGGCAAUGGCAGACAGCUUUUAACACCUUUGUGGCUGUUUAUACAGUUAAAUACCCGCUUAAGGUUGCGGCUUUGCUCAAAUAUUGUGACGUUGUCAGAGAUAUUGCUAAUAAG